CUGUGGCCUGCUCACACCUCUUGUCUGUUCCAGGAGCCUGGCCCUGCUGGGGAGCAGCGUGUGGAGGAAGGCCAGGAGCUAACUGCACCCCCAGAGCGGCGCGUUCCCCCUGGCGGCCCUUGGAGCUGCCCCGGAGCCCGGCCCAGGAUGGCCCUGCAGAACCUUUCACAGCCGGAGUACCAGCCGGGGCCGGCGCCCCCCGCGGGCAGCUUGCCCGGCCUGUCCAGCAUGGUGCACUCCUUCCUGGGGCUGGUACAGCCAAAUGCCUUCCCAGCCGAACUCCUCACCAACUUGAUCCAGCAGAAAAGUGACAUUACGAACCCUGCCGUGUACAAAGAGGUGCUGGUUUAUGAGGUGGGUUUCCUGGUCUGCACAGCCAUCGGCCUCCUCUUCAUCAUCCUCGUGCCCCUGGUCGGCUUUUGCUUCUGCUGCUGCCGCUGCUGCGGGAACUGCGGGGGAACGAUGUACCAGAAACAAAGCAAGCGCACGGGCUGCCGGCGCAGGGCGCUCUUCGCCUCGGUGCUGCUGGUCACCACCCUCAUCCUGGCUGGGAACAUCUGCGCUUUCAUCAGUAACAACCGCGUCUCCCGCGCCGUGAACGGCAGCUUUGGUGCCCUCAACACCACGCUGGACAACCUGGGCACCUUCGUCCGCUCCAUCCCCCAGCAAGUGGAUUUCAUCAUCGCCUCCAGCGACGUGCCGGUGAGCCGGGCCAACGGCAGUCUCCAGAACAUCGGGCCCAUCCUGGGCGGCAGGAUCAUCUCCGAGGUGGGAGAGGAGGCGUACGGGGCGCUGGCCUCCGCCACGCGCCUGCUGGAAGUGACGGACCUGGCGGAUCGGGAGCUCCGAGCCGUGAACGAGUCGGGCCUGCGGCUGCAGCAGCUGCAGCGGGAGCUGACCCAGAACCUCAGCCGCCUGCAGGAGCGGAUCAACCGGACCCUGCAGAGCUGUGACCCGCCCUGCGCCCAGGUGUCCGUCAGCGGCCUGGCCCCCGACGCCGACUUCAGCACGGUCCCGGACGUGAGCAGCCAGCUGGAACUGUUGAAUAAUCUGACCAAUGCCAACCUGAGCGCCGCCCUGCAGCAGGCCAAUGAGACGCUGAACAAGACUCCCAGAAGGGUAGAGGAGCAGGCGCAGAAGGUGGUGGCGGACGCACGGAGCCAGCUGGCUGAGGUCAGGCGGAAGAUUGGUGGGGUGCGGAGUGAGAUCCCGGUGCUGGACACGCUGGGGAACGUCACGGCCACGCUGGACACCAUUGGCAGGCGGGCCAAGGAAUACGAGCCGCAGGUCGCCACCUACGACAGCUACAGGUGGAUCGUGGGCAUCUGUCUCUGCUGCCUGGUGCUUCUGAUCGUCCUGUGCUACUUGCUGGCCCUGGUGCUGGGGGCCCUCGGGCUGAAGCCGUCGGUGCUGCCCACCGAGCGCGGCUGCCUCUCCAACUCCGGCGGGGACUUCUUCAUGGCGGGGGUUGGCUUCAGCUUCCUCUUCUCCUGGCUGCUGAUGCUGCUGGUGCUGGUGACCUUCCUGCUGGGCGGCAACGCCGACACGCUCGUCUGCCGGCCCUGGCACAGCGGGCAGCUCCUGCCGUUCCUGGAGACCUCGGACCUGACUGCGAGCUUCAACCUGUCGGAGAUGCUGGGGCUGCAGGGCGGGACGGUGACCUUCUCCAGCGUGUACAACAACUGCCAGCACAACGAGCCCGUGUGGCGAACCCUGCAGCUGGGCCGGGCCGUUCCCUUGGACGAACUGCUGAACAUCAGUCAGUACACCGGCGAGAUCAGCGCCGCCUUCGACCGGCUGAACGUCAGCCUGGACCCCGUCACCUUCCUCAGCCCCAGCCAGAAGCAGCUGCUCCGGGACGUCGGCGCCUCCGGCCUGCAGCCCAACUUCACCGGCGCCCUGCAGCAGCUGGAGAGGAACGUGACGCAGCGGGACCUGCUGGCGCUGGCGGAGCAGCUGGAGGGGCUGGCCAAUGGGUCUCGCAACCUGACCACGAGGCAGGAGCUGCAGGAGGAGGCGUCUGACCUGAGACAGAUCAAUGGGCAGAUCCAGUCCCGCUUCCUGCCGGAGAUGCAAACCCUGAACCGCAGCAUCCGAACCCUGCAGGCGACGACCCCCCGGGUCCCGGCGCAGAUCAAUGACACGCUGCAGCGGAUCGAGGACGCUCAGACCUUCCUAGACACCAGGGCUGCGGAGAUCAUCAGCAACGAGAGCCGGGCCUUUCUGAACACGCUGCUGGAAUACUUCAAUUCCUAUGUCGAUUGGGCGAAGAGCACGCUGACGGGAGAGGUGGGGCUCUGUGGGCCUGCGGCAAAGACAGUGGAUGUGGCUGUGACCGUCGCCUGCAGUUACGUGGUGGAUUCCCUGAACGGCUUCUGGUUCAGCCUGGGCUGGUGCACGAUGUUCCUGCUCCCCGGCGUCAUCCUGGCCGUGCGGCUCGCCAAGUUCUACCGGCGCAUGAAGAUCGCCGACGUCUACGAGAGCAACGGGGAAGCCCUGGAGAUGUCUCCGUCUGCGACGCUGUUUAAAAUCCCCCGGGUGGAGACGAGGAAGUAGCAGGCGCCCCACCUGCACCCAAACUGGCCCCGGCCUCGAGCCCCUGCGGGGAGGGUGCUGCUGAAGGGAUCAUGGGGCGGCCACCCACUGAUCUGAUUAGACACCUGGACUCCAUGGGCCGAAGCAGACAAUCUGCCGUGCUGGCUCCAACAAGCCCCGCCUUCCCCCUCAUUUGUUCAGCCAAUCACAAGACUCCCCUGGGUGGGGGUCAUCCUGCUUCUCGCCCCCAUGGCUAUGUCGUGGUACAUAGACCCUGCACUGCACUGCAAACCAGAGCCGAUCGACUGGGAGAGAAAGGGGGAAGAACCCAGUAGCCCCUCGCCCUACAAUCACCAUGGGAAUCCCGCUAUAGGGGCAUGCCUCGUUGCGAUGGAGCAGCUGGGCACUGUCCGGUCCCUCCGCACCGAGGGGCUGGGCGCAGGGGGUGGAGGGGACGGGGUACCCAAGCUCGAAGCAGUGAGGGGGUGGUGUCAAUACACCCCCAUGCCAGAGGGGCCCUGCGUGUGCAGCCGUGUGCGCCCAGGCUCGUGCGAUGAGCCAUUUCAGCCUCCCCACCCUUCACCCCCCAUGUCACAGCCCUGUCUGUGUCCCCAAGCGCCCAUAUCCCAGACAAGCAGGGCUCAGCGGCCCCUCUCCCUCCCAGUCCUGCCCCCGGAGCACAGUGGGUGCCGGCUCAAAGUGGAGCCACUGGAGGCAAGUUCAGAACAUCCCGGUAGCCAUGGCUGGGCCUGACAUUCGCAGCCCCCGCUGUGCUCGGGGGGGCCCUGCUCUGCGGCUGUAGAGCAGAGCUCGCCCCAGGCCGGGUGCCCUGCGAUGAGGGGAUGGCCCUGCAUCCUCCUGCCUGCCCCUGGCUCUGUGCCAUGCCCUGGUUGGCGUGGGGGCCGUGCUGUGCAGACGCUGAGUAUUUAUUUUUGUACGAAGGGGAGUCGCUGGCUGACACGGUGACGUGCUGUUGAACCAAUAAAGUGUGUGUGCUGCAGACGG